GUGGAAGUUGAAAUCGAGUAGCGCUUUGCAGCUCUUUUGGAGAAAUGACAACAGAAAUUACGUUCCAAGAUUUACCAGAGGCUGUUAUCCUAAACAUUUUCUCUUUUGUAGCUGGAGAACGCAUAUAUAAUUUGUUUAGACUUCGUUGUGUGUGCAAGAAAUGGUCUCGACUGUCAAGAGAUUCCAGUUUAUGGGAAAAAUUGCAUUUUCCAAACUGCGAAGGACUCCGUUAUGAAGCCUUGAAUCACGUCUUAUCCUGGUGUGGCAACAUAAAAGAAGUUAUUCUUUCAAACUGUAGCCAAGUGAAUGAUUCAUGUGUGGAACUUAUUGCCAAAAAGUGUCGCAAUUUGGAAAUUCUUGAUCUGAAAGGCUGUCGAUUGCUGUCUGACCAGGGGUUGAAAGUGAUUUUAAAAAAUUGCAGAUUUCUUCGUGACUUGAAAGUCACGGUAUAUAAAACAAAUGUGACAUGCAACGUUCUAAAGGACUUGAUUACAUCUUGUAAAUCACUUCAGGAAUUGACAGUCACUUGUGAGAAGGAAGAAGGUUCAGUCCAAUCCUAUUUCUUCCUAACAAAUCAGUUCUUCACGGCAGCGAAAGGGAGUGAUAGUUUGAAAAGAAUCUACUUCCACGGCGCAGGCAUUUUUGACGAAGAAGAUCUGAUUUCUGAUUCAAAUAUGUUCAAUUUUCUCAGCAUAGGCCUGCCUUGUUGUAUGGAACUUAACAGCAAUGUAUUAUGUGAGUUUAUUUGUUCUUCUCCUAAGUUACAAUCUCUUGAUGUUUCUUUUUGUCCUAGCAUCAAUGAUGCAGGUAUUGCAAUUGUUGCACAGGUUUGCCCAAACCUAUUGCAGCUUAUAGCAGAAGGAUGUCCUUGUAUAACGGAUGUGUCAAUUGAAACAUUGGCAGAACAUUGCAAAAAGCUUCAGUGUUUGAAUGUUUGUGGCUGUGAACUGCCAAGACCUGCUGGAAACAUUACUGAUGUAGCAAUACAAAGAAUUGCAGAAAACUGCCCUGAUUUACAUCAGUUAAAUGUCAAAUGGUGCCAGGGAGUUACAGACAUUGGAAUUGCUGCCAUUGCAACAAAUUGUGAGAAGUUGCAUGGUCUCAAUAUUUGUGGUUGUUUAGGAAUUUCUGAUGUGUCUUUGAAACUUCUAGCAACCUUCUGUAAAUGUUUAAAGAGCUUAGAGAUAUCUGAAUGCUUGCGUGUGACAGAUGGCAGUAUAAAUGAUAUUCUGCAAAAUUGUAAGAACCUUGAAUGCCUAGAUAUGCAAGUAUGUUCAUAUGUUUCUGACCUGGACUUUAACUCAGUCAAAAACUCACUAAUAUUCCUUCAUCAUGUGGAUCUCUCCUACUGCACCAAGCUCACAGACAAAACUUUAAAACAGCUGGCUAAGAAUUGUCCAAGGUUAAAAUACCUUUGUGUUGCUGGAUGCCAUAGAAUCACAGACAGUGGCAUUAUCAGUAUAACUCAUAGCUGCAACAAGUUGCAAUAUCUCGAUGUCUCUUUUAGAGGAUCACAGUCCUGUGCUCAAAUCACAAGUAACUCAGUAUUUUCUCUUGCUGAAAAUUGUCCAAAUUUGACCUAUUUGGAUGCCUUUGGUUGCUUUGGUGUUGAUGAAGCUUCCAUCUACUCACUCGUGAAGUCAUGUAGAUAUUUAAAGCAAGUCAAUUUUAGUCAGUUUACAGAAGAGAUGCACUCUCAACUUUUGUUAAGAAUAACUAAAUUUAUUUCACGGGCUCGCAGUUCUUGUCAUUAUGAAGAAAUGACUUCCUCUCCUAGAGGGAGAAAAUUAGUGCAGAAGAACUUUAUGAUAAAAAUGUCUUCUCCAAAUUUGUAAGUGUAUGUUUUUUUCAACAGACGUAUUUUGUUGACCCUAUUUUGACAGGGUUUUAGAGAUAAAAAUAUUCCGUUUUUAUAGUGGUGUUUAAAGGCCAGGUUUUGGCUAAUGACAAGGAUUGAAAAUGGGAUUUUGAACAAAAUUAGACAUAUUUAUGUAGGAAAUGUCAAAACAAACAGUACCAGUUAACUUUUGUGGUAUUAAUACUGGACUACUGACAACUUAUUUAUUGAGACUGCCAUAUUUAAUUGGAACUUGCUGCCAUGUAUAUAGAACUUAAAAAAGGCUUUGGUAUACUUUUUCCCCCACUCAACCCCCCUCUUUCUACUUACCCCCAUUAGAAAUAAAAAGCCUUUACUUCUGGCAAACUUGCCAUGGGUCAAACCUUCACAAGAUAGGAUGGAGUGAAGGAAAUUCUACCAGUAUUUGCAGGGGUUUCAAAAUCUUUUGAAGUAGGUGGCUGACUCUGGAAAAGUAGGCAGCUGUGAUAAUGCCAAGAUUGUUUGUCACGAGCAGACUGUUAUGACCAUAACUAGAGUAGUCGGCGACAUACGAUCAAGUAGCCGGCGGAACUUCGGCGGUCGCCAGCUUGUUUUGAAACCACUGUAUUUGAACUUAAAACUGUGCUUGUUAUAUUCUAAGAAGGAAUAGAAGUAAAUCCUGUAAUCUGAUUGGUUCUUAGCAUUGUCUGCCUUGUGUGCUGAUGUUCCUGUCUUUGCUCGUGACCACAGCAAUGCAUUUAUUUUAUUGUAUCAGUGCUGGCACAACUUGAGAAAGUUUUUUCUUGCAAAUUGAAUAAAGUCAUUCUGGA